UAGACAAAAUAUAUUCCAUUUAUAAAGUCCACUCAACUCCAUCGCCGUAUCAUCGAAUCCUUCACUCUCCACUCCAGUGUUGUUUCAGAACCUGCAUUAUCAUCAACUAUGGCCGUUCGAACCCUAUUGAGCAGAAAAACCCUAUCCUCUAUCUUCCGCAAUGAUCCAAAACCAAUCGGAGCAGCAGCAGCAGCAGCAUCAACUCAAUCCCGUGACUUACAUGUUUUCACCCUACCCGAUCUCGCUUAUGACUAUGGCGCUUUGGAGCCUGUCAUCAGCGGCGAAAUCAUGCAAAUCCAUCAUCAGAAACAUCAUCAGACUUAUAUUACUAACUAUAACAAAGCUCUUGAACAGCUUCAUGAUGCCGUUGGUAAAGCCGAUGCAUCAACCACCGUUAAGCUCCAGAAUGCCAUCAAGUUCAACGGCGGAGGUCACAUCAACCAUUCGAUUUUCUGGAAAAAUCUGGCUCCUGUUCGUGAAGGAGGUGGUGAACCACCAAAGGAUUCCCUUGGAUGGGCUAUUGACACGCAUUUUGGGUCUUUAGAAGCAUUGAUACAAAAGGUUAAUGCUGAAGGUGCGGCCCUUCAAGGAUCUGGAUGGGUGUGGCUUGGUCUCGACAAAGAAUUGAAGAGGCUUGUGGUUGAAACCACCGCAAACCAGGACCCACUGGUUACUAAAGGACCAAGUUUGGUUCCAUUGCUUGGUAUAGAUGUCUGGGAGCAUGCCUACUACUUACAGUACAAGAAUGUUAGACCAGACUAUUUGAAGAACAUCUGGAAGGUUAUCAACUGGAAAUAUGCCAGUGAAGUGUAUGAGAAAGAAAGCUCUUAAUCUAAAGUGCUGCUUGGUGCGAAACUUGGAACAACAGUUUGCAGCGAGGUUAGAGAUGGAAUAAAUGAUGAUAUAUAAGACCUUCCUUAGGGUGUAGGUAAUUUUCUAAGAAAUAACGGUUCAUGUAUUUUGCACUUUAGAACCUCGAGUGAUAUAUGGCUGCAUUCCUUGUAGUAACAUGUGCCUGUGAUGGGUUGCUCAUGCCUUUUGGAUUUUAUGUUCAGACAAGACAAUAUGCAAUUUUAUUUUUUGCUUUUAGGGUGUA